AUGUCGGCGCACUCCAGGCAAAAUUCGGUGGUGAAAACCAGCCUCAACGCGAUGAAAGACGACAAGAUUGGUCCUUGGAAGUUGGGAAGCACACUGGGAGCAGGUAGCACAGGAAAAGUGCUAAUGGCCCAACAUGAGUCCACUGGCCAACAAGCUGCGGUGAAAAUCGUAUCCAAGUCGAUCUUCGGCGCGCAGGGCAACGGCAACUCCUCCACGAUGAUUGGGUCUUCGGAGCCAGACAUGUUGCCCUACGGCAUAGAACGCGAGAUCAUCAUCAUGAAACUACUGAAUCACCCCAAUGUUUUGCGACUGUACGACGUGUGGGAGACCAAUUCGAGCCUCUACAUGGUCCUCGAGUAUGUGGAGAAAGGCGAGUUGUUCAACCUUCUCGUGGAGCGCGGCCCUCUCCCCGAGAAUGAAGCCAUACGUUUUUUCCGCCAAAUCAUAAUUGGAAUAUCCUACUGCCAUGCCCUUGGUAUUGUUCACAGAGACUUGAAACCUGAGAAUUUGCUUCUCGACCACAAGUUCAACAUCAAAAUCGCAGAUUUCGGCAUGGCGGCGCUUGAGAGCAAAGACAAGUUGCUGGAAACCUCAUGCGGUUCACCGCACUAUGCUGCACCCGAAAUCGUCUCAGGACUCCCAUAUCAUGGCUUCGAAAGCGAUGUCUGGUCCUGUGGUGUCAUCUUGUUCGCGUUGCUUACUGGUAGAUUGCCGUUCGAUGAAGAAGAUGGCAACAUAAGAAACCUGCUGCUGAAAGUUCAAAGCGGGCAGUUCGAAAUGCCCGGUACUGAUGAGAUUUCAGCAGAAGCUCAAGAUUUGAUUUCUCAAAUACUUACUGUUGAUCCGGCUGCUAGAAUCAAAGCAAGAGGGAUUCUUAAACAUCCGCUUUUACAAAAACACCCAAGCAUUAAAGAUUCUAAAAGUAUACGGAACUUGCCUCGUGAAGACAUGUACUUGAACCCACUUGAUAACGCAGACGGAGUAACAGACAACUCCAUAGUCAAUAACCUGGUGGUUUUAUGGCACGGAAGAAAUAGGGAAGAGAUAAUAUCUAAAUUAAAAGAGCCCGGCGCGAAUUUGGAAAAGACCUUUUACGCACUUCUGCACCGUUUUAAACAUGACAGUCAGCAAGACCAAUUGAAGCAGAACCGAAAGUCUCAAACCUCACCCAAAAAGACCAAUUUGCGCAAUUCUGUUUCUCGCCGUUCCAUUGUCAAUACUCCCACACCUAAAAAGAAAACUAAAGGCCCUGUAAUAAGCGCGUCAUCGUCUCAUAAAAAACCUGUCUCUUUUAAGCGACUUUCGUUUACUAGCGGUAGCAAUGUUGAGAACAAGUCUCCUACCCCAAGCAAAAGAACAUCCGUCAACCUUUCCUCCAAUAAGAGGAUUUCAGCCUUAAUAAAUACCAACAGCUCUCCGACACCUGCCAACAAAAGGGCUUCGCUGAGAGAAAUAGAUCCUGCAGCACCUCCAAUCCCAGUCGAUAUGCUGAAAGAUUAUAAUCAAUCCGCUCCAAAAUCCAACAAAAAGUCAUCUCGCUUUUCCAAAAGAUUAUCCUUCUUGCCUGGUAGUGGCAAGCGUGGGUCUACGACAUCCAAGCUGAUUUCUACGUAUGCAAAGAUUUGUGAGGACAACGACUGGGAGUACAUCGAGAAGGAAACCAGAAGAACAAGUGCAGACUUUGCCACCUUGUGUGAUCAAAUAUUCGAGCAUGAGAAGUAUGAGCAGAUUAGAAGAGAAAAGGAAGAGCUCGAAAGACGGGUCAGAGAAGCUAGAGAGCAAGAAGAAAGGGAAAGGCUACAACAGGAAGAUGAAGAACGCAGAGAGCGCGAACAGGAACUGGAGAAGCAAAAGCAAGUGGAUCUCGAAAACGCUCGCAGACAAAAAGCAGCAUUGGAUAAAAUAGAUCAGGAAAUGAAUAUCUGGAAAUCAAAUGAAGAGAAUGGAGGUGAGCGUGAUCCAACUCAGAAUCGGUCCGUCUCUGCUCCUGCUGAGAAUGUUUUGAGAGUCGACAAGCGUGGUUCUGUUAUUGGUUUAGAAAAUGAUAUUCAGGACUUACUACAAAGAAGAACAUUCUCUUUGGAGACAAGGCCCGUAUCGCGACUAGAUCCAGGAAUCUACACCGUUGAAGAACUACCUCAAGCAGAAGCAGAAGCUCAAGCAAGAGAACUUGACGCAAAGAAGAAUAUCUUGGAGACUAUUCGCAGAUCCAAAUUUUUGGGAUCAUCAUUCGACAUUACUAAAGAGCUCGCGAGGGAGAAAAGACUUAAGGAGGAAAGUAAAGCGUCCAACAUCAAACAAAGUGAUCAAUCAGAGCGUAUAGUAUCUAAUGCCACAGUUGCAUCGGGUACAAACACGGAUUAUAAGUCACAGACACUUCCUAAAAAUAAUACAGAGAUUACGACACAGAAUGAUAAAUCCAGUUACGACCCACGCAAGAUCUCUGAGGUCAGGGUUCCUCAAUUCACUAGACGGUCGCGUCACUUUACUGCAUCAAAUAAAAGACUCUCUGUCCUUUCAAUGUACUCGACUAAAGCCUCUUUCACAAAUUUAGCGGAACACCUCAAGGGCAACGGUGAUCUAAGCUCGAUGAACGCCAGUCCUCCAUCCACCUCCAAAGCUGAUCAGGAAGCCGAGUUCAUGUUCGAAAACGUGGACAAGGACGGCAAGGAGACAGCUGAAACUUCUGCUGAUAGCCGCUUAUAUGAAGUUGCUGAAGGCCGAGACUCUAAGUCCAGAUCGAGAUCCGGAGUAAAGCUCAACUUUGCAGACCGAUUUGAUAAAGCUGCGUCUCCGGUCACCAGUAAUGCUGAAGACCCCUCCACAAUAAAGUUGCCCACUCUGCCGCCCUUGGGCCAACAGAAGUCAGACGGCAUGACAGGCUUAGGCUUAUAUCAACCGGUGUCUGAAGGUACCGAGGCAAAGGCAGAAUUAAGCUCGGGGGACACACCGCCCGCGAAUAUAAUCUCUAUGGUACCUACAGAACAGCAACGACCUGAAAAACCAGAUAAAACCCCAUCUUCGGGCAUCAAAGCGGCGCCAGUAGAUCAUGUUAAGGAAAAGAAACUCACAGUUGCUAGGCAGCCAUUGGAGGACAUUACGCCAGCGGAGAGAAAGAAGUCUAAUAAAUCUUUCUUCCGGAAGUUCUCGUCCAAGUCUCAUAAUGAAAACAAAACCCAAGGGUUUGAUGCCGUAACACAUACAAACAUUGACGAAACUCAAAUGUUCAAUGCUUUGAGUAAAUUACUAGUCGCGUGGAGAGAUUAUGGCUUGAAAGAUGUGAGAGCGCUACCCUCGGUCAAGCAAAUUAGAGGCAAACUGAGCAGUGACAAUAUUCUCUCCCUGCGAUCGACAUUGUUUGAAAUAACGGUUUUUAAGAGCAAGGGCGGCAAUGGGUCUGAUAUUGGAUUUCAAAAAUUAUCUGGUUCAGGAAAAGCCUUCAAAAAGUUGGUUGCUGAAAUCGAAAAGAUCUUGGAGAGCAAAAAAGCACUCGUUGCUUGA